UUCUACCAAGGGCUUUACACCUUCAAAACCUCGUCCAAUCACACUUUUCAACGGUCCCUUCCAAUGGUUCAAGUCCUGUACAGAAAAUCCUCAACUUGCCAGCAAGAAAUACGCAGCUCCCGGUGCCUUGCACCGUGGGUCGUCCUGAGGCGUGGCCAUGAUGUCGGUGACCUACGGCUCGACGAAGAAGCUGGUCCGGAAGCUGGCCGAAGAGUCGGGCUUCCAGGUCGAUGAAGCUCCAUUGACGUUCCCGCUCACGGAUGAAGCAGAAAUCCUGGAGUCUUUGGACUCUGUGCUGAAGCCGAACACCACGCUGGUGAUUCUAGACCUGAUUCCAUCGAAUGCGCCCUUCGUCCUACCCCCGGAGGCCAUCGAGCUCUGCCGUAGCAAGGCGCCUGAUGCCUUCCUUCUGCUCGAUGCAGCCCACGGGCUGUUGGGCUGGCCCCUGAAGCUCUCCGGCCCACGGCGCGAGUAUCCCGUGGAUGCCGUCAUGACGAACUGCCACAAGUGGUUUUGUGGCGCCAAGGGCACCGCGCUGCUGCACGUCUCAGAGCCACUGCAGGAGUGGUUGGAGCCCUUAGUGAUCUCGCACGGCUACGGGUCUGACCUGCCGAGCGGCUUCUACUGGCCCGGCCUGGCCGACUGGAGCUCCUUCCUGGCGCUGGACGAAGCGAUGGCCUUCUGGGACCUGGUUGGCUUGGAUGCUGCCAGGACCUACUGCAACUACAUGGUCAGAGAUGCAGCCAUGCUGCUGGCCGACGCUUGGGGCACCGACCUGGGGCUUCCGGAGGAGGUGCUGAGCACCAUGGCGCUGGUACGCUUGCCCGACUUCGCCGCACAGACGGGUGAGCAGACCUAUGAGGAGGCAGAAGCGGUUCAGAAUGCGCUCUACACGCGCAAUAUCGAAGUCCCAGUGAAAGCCCUUUCUGGGAAGCUCUAUGUGCGCAUCUCAGCUCACAUCUACAAUCAUCUCGAGGAGUACGAGAUUCUACGUGAUGCGAUCCUGGAGCUGCAAAGGGCAGACAGUCUCAAGUAGACGUGCUUCUUCGGUCUGAAAGCAGCAGAGGACAUCCUGACAUCCUCAUCUUCCCCUUUUGAACGUUUUUCAGAGGUUCGGAGAACAUGUUCAAAUGGAUGGACGGGGGGGGGAUCGUGAACU